GCAACAGGAAACCAGCCUCCUCCUCCUCCUCUUCCUCCUCCUCUUCCUCCUCCUCCUCCUCUGUCUGUCGGGGCUUUAAAGGCAGGUUUCUGCCACCCCUCCUCCUCAUCCUCAUCCUCUUCCUCUUCCUCCUCCACCCUCCAUCCUUCCUCCAGCUCCUCCUGGAUGCGCUCGGCUCACUUCGGCUCAGUUCGGCUCUUUUCGGCUGCGUUCGGAGGAUUUCCCGGAACGUUCUGAGCUUCGCCGCCGUCGGGACGCCGCCAUGCAGAAGGUGGAGGGACGGAUGUCCUCCGUCAGCCUGUCGUCCUCCAGGGCUCCCAGCGCACCGGGCUCUCCAGCCGCCGGCAUCACGGCCCGGGUGGACGACCAGCUGGUGGCCUACAGGGACCUGGCCGCUCUGCCCAGAGACAAAGCCAUCCUGCAGGUGGAGCGACCCGACCUGAUGACCUACCAGCCCCACCUCAGCUUCUCCCCCCUGGACCCCCCCCGCAGAGAGCGUUCUCUGUCUCCUCCGCCCACGUCUCCCAGCAGGUCUCCUGAGGUCAAGGUUCUCAAGGAGGAGAGUGAGAACGUUUCCCCCGGAGGUUCCACGCUGACACUGCAGGCAGAACGCAAGCUCAGCGGCAGCCUGCAGCACUUCCACCGGCCAGAUAACGGGACGAACAUCUACAGGAAGCCCCCCAUCUACAAACAAGAUCUCUCCAGGCCUCCGGAGCUCGUCUCCUCCAGAGUCGUCCAGUCGGCCAAGUUCCCGGCGGCUCAGCCUCCAGACCCCAACCAGCCGUCCAAGAUCGAGACCGAGUACUGGCCCUGCCCCCCCUCGCUGGCCGCCAUGGAGAUCGAGUGGAGGAAGAAGAAGUUGCAGGAGGAAGACGAGCUCCAGGAUCUGAGCGAGGAGAACACAACGCUGCAGGAGCAGGAGCUGGAGAAGAUUAAAUCCAAUCUGGGUCGUUUGAUCCUGAAGGAGGAGAAAGAGAAAGAAGUGAGCUUCAGGAGGAAAACCCAGUCGCUGCCCGACAGGACGCACGGCAGUUUGUCCUCCGGUGCCUCGAAGUCUCCGUCUCGCUCCGGUUUGACCAGAAUGCAGUCAGCAGAGUUUUCCACGGACUCGGAGAAGGGACGAUCAGCUGCUCAGAACGGAGAAGCUCGCAAGGAGCGACUGGACCGAGGAAACUCUCUGCCCAGCAUCCUGGAGCAGAAGGUUUACCCCUACCAGGCUCUGAUGGUGACCCACAGGGGGCGCUGUAAGCUGCCUCCCGGAGUCGACCGCACCCGGCUGGAGAGGCACCUGGCCCCAGAGGAGUUCCUGCAGGUGUUCGGGAUGCCGAUGGCCGAGUUCGACCGCCUGUCGCUAUGGAGACGGAACGAGCUGAAGAAGAAAGCCUCGCUUUUCUAACAGGAAGUGACCUCACGAGCAGGAGAAAC